CAUAACUUGAGGAAGAUGAUCAACAAUGACUGGCGUGGAGGGGCGGUCAUCGCCACGCUGUCUCAGACAGGAUCUCUCUACGCUCCAAGCUCUGCCUACCUGCCCCAGGAGCUGCUGGGAGAGGAGGGCUUUGACAGCAUGGACCCGUUUGUCCCAGUACCAGUCUCCCUCUACAGUGAGAAGGAGUUUGAGAGCUGUUACCUCUACUACCUGGACCGCCACUGGCUACAACACCCACACAGUCAGACAGAGGAAGGGAAGAAAGAACUGAUCUUCCUCAGCAACAGAAACCCUUCUGUACUGGAGAGACUAUGUGCCUUCCUGUAACAUCACACAUGGGCCCA